AGUUACCCAAAAAGUUGUGAUGUAAAUAGUUUUGAAAGAGUUCAAACAAACGUUAAGCAAUUAACAUCUGAAUUAUUCUGGUAACUAGCGAGUAUUAAUGAUUAAAAAAUGCCGUCGUCAGUGCGGCCCAAGGGCUCAGGUAGUGGAAACAGAGCACAACCUGUAACUCCCAUGUCAGAAAGGCAGCAAAUGGCACUGUUACUGCAGAUGACAUCAUCUGGUAAUGAAGUAGGUUCUAGAAGUCCCAGUUCCAGUUCAUCUCGUUCCAGGGACCGCAACGAAAGAGGUGAAACUCCAUUGCAUUUAGCUGCUAUUAAGGGGGACGUAGAACAAGUCUGUAAAUUGUUGGCACACCGUGCCGAUCCUAAUGUAGCUGAUUUUGCGGGUUGGACUCCGCUACAUGAAGCUUGCAACCAUGGUUGGUACGAGGUGGCUUUCAGUUGAACGGGGUGCUGACAUCCAUGCCAAGAAUUCCAAAGGUAAAACACCUCUGGAUGUGGCUCCGCAAGCGGUUA